CGAGGCUGCCAAGAUCUUCUCGUAGAACCGUGGAGAUGGAAGCUGGGACCGCCCUGCUUCUCGGCACCGACAGACGGUCAUGGGACUGCGAGGCCCACGGCCAGCUGGACUGAGAGAGCAAUCUUUGAUGUGUGACGCACCGGGGAGACGCCUGUAGCAAGUCGACUCUCUCACACAUAAAAACAUAAAACACUCAUUCCACAGCAAUGUGGCCUUAUAAACAUACAGAGUUUAGGAAUUCAGAGUUUUAGGAUCCUAUACAAGCCAUGACUGUUAUAUUGCCCCCAUAUGAUAGCCUAUUAAAACUAACUACUGAGUCCCACAUAAAAUCAAAUCCCUAAAUAGACUCAUGCAACAUUGAAAAACAUAGAACUGUCUGUUUGAGUACAAUUCAUGUGUGAGAGCCUGAAUUGUAGUAUUUCCCCAUUAGAGUUUGUUUUAGUAAAGGUGCUCUAAUCAUUAUCAGGUGAACUGUUGAGACUGUUGAGGAUCAGCUCAGCAGGUGGAGGAGCAGGUGGAUGUAUCAGGUGCAUCUUCAAGCCGUUAUGAGCUCACAUCUUCGCAGGCUCUAGGACCGCGGGAUGAGAGGCACCGUCUGCGCACCUCCACCACGAGAAGAAGAAGAAGUUGAGAGCUUAAUCUUGAACCUGCUCCGUCUCUCACUCCUGUCCCAGGUCUGGUCCAUGGAUGCGGAGCUACACUCCAGGAGACUUAAUUAUUUUUCUACUUUUUGGAUGAUACCUGUCGAAUCUCAUCACUUUGAGGGAAUUUAAACGACUUCAAAGUUGAGUCAAAGCUCAACAAUGGGGAAGUCAAGGCAGCACCGGGCCAACUUCGUAUCCCCCUCUCUACACUCCUCCUCAUCAUGAGGCUGUGGGGCAGAGCUACAGCUGUCCGGAGGAAGAUGCUCUGCCUCUGGCUGCUGCUCCUCGGGUUCACCCUGGUUACUUUGGCGCUCUCAGACCUCUUUAACAACCGACGCUGGGACCACAGUCAUCAGAGACCUGCGCCUCCCCGCCGCCCCCUCCAGCGGAUUCACAAUGCACCGGACCUGGAGGUGUUUGUGGACUCCCGGGACCCUGCAUUAGAGCUCGGCGUUGAUCUCGCCCCGCUAAAAUCUCUGCAAGAAGACCAGCUUUUAUUCGUGCCAUCGGCGCAGGGAACCAAGAACCCGGCGCAGAGGAAAGGGAGUUACAAGGUGCUUCUCCCCGGAGCAAACAAGGACUCCAACCCGCCUGCGCCUCCGACGCAGGGCGAAAUGGGGAAAGUGGCGCGGCUUCAAUUUGAGGGAGAUGUGGAGUUUUCUGCGUUCCAGAAGUACGGGUUCAACGAGGUGGUCAGCGAGAGGAUCUCGCUGCAUCGCAGGCUGCCCGAGGCGCGCCAUCCCGAGUGUUUGGGGGAGCAGUACAGCGAGUCGCUGCCGUCGGCCAGUGUUGUCAUCUGUUUCCAUGACGAGGCUUGGUCCACACUACUGCGCACCGUGCACAGCGUGCUGGAUACUGCACCCAAACAGUAUCUGCAAGAGGUCCUGUUGGUGGACGACCUUAGCCACCACGGUCACAUGAAGAGUGUGCUCAGUGAAUAUGUGUCUCAUCUGGAGGGGGUGCGUUUGAUCCGCAGCACCAAGCGCCUGGGCGUUGGAGGGUGCCGUACUCUGGGUGCUGCCAGAGCUGCGGGAGAGGUGCUGGUGUUUAUGGACUCCCACUGUGAAUGCCAAAAGGGUUGGCUGGAACCACUGCUGGAGAGAGUGGCCCAGGACAGGACCAGAGUGGUGUCCCCCAUAAUGGAUGCGAUAGACUGGCAGACCUUUCAGUACAAUGCCACCCGGUGGCCAGUCAGGGGAGUGUUUGACUGGAGACUUGACUUCCACUGGGAAUCUAACCCUCAGCUGCAAGAUAAAGACCCAGACUCAGCUGUUCGACCUGUGCAGAGUCCAGCGUUAGGAGGCGGAGUUGUGGCCGUUGACAGACAUUUCUUCCAGAGUGUGGGAGCCUACGACCCUGGGAUGCUGCUGUGGGGAGUGGAACAAAUUGAGCUGUCAAUCAGGGUGUGGUCAUGCGGGGGCACCAUGGAGGUGGUUCCUUGCUCACGUGUGGCCCACCUCGACCAUCACCACCUGCCAUACCGCUUCCCAGAGGAGCAGCUUCAGAGGAACAAGAUCCGGAUAGCAGACAUCUGGAUGGACGCAUACAGGAAGAUCUUCUACAGGAGAGACACACUCGCUCAUUUCAUCAGGCAGUCUGAGAACCCGAACAUCACAGAGCGUCUGUGGCUUAAGAGGAGUCUGGGCUGUCGUAACUUUCACUGGUACCUUAUGACAGUUUAUCCACAACUUUACAUCCCCCAGGACAGACCUAUGCUGUCAGGCGAGCUGUACAAUGUCGGCACUGGCAGCUGUGCAGACUACCCCCGAGGGCUGGGACCGAAGGGUGGGGCCAUGAACGCAGCGCUGUGCAGUGGGACGGGCAGUCAGCACUGCGAUCUGAACUCUGAGUUUGAAGUGCGUUGGGGUCCCAUGGGGGCUUUGUGUUUGGACGCCAGUGGAGAGCGGGUGAUCUUAUCUCCGUGCCCCAGACACCGACCAACCACCAGCAGACUCCAGUGGAAGUUCAUAAAGCUGAGCGGUCAACUGGUUCACCAGCAGUCCCAGUUAUGUCUUGAGGUCGUGAAGGAAGGAGCUCUCACACAAAGCAGCCUGAGAGAAGUCAACGGCCACUCAAAGACAGGAGGUCUCUUCCUGCGCCCCUGCACCCAUCACCCCAGACAACAGUGGCACUUUGAGCAACUAGUAGCUCCUAAAGGUGCCUGACACAGAGAGCAGCGGGGGAGUCCUGCUAUUAAUGUAUAUUAUCUUAUACUAUGUGCUAUGCAUAGUGGCAUGCAGUAAGUAAGAUGGUGCAAAAAAAUACAAAAACAGAUGAACCUUUUCUGCACUUUGCCAGUCAGCAUUUGUUGCUCCUGUUUUAAGGAUUGCAAAUACAAGUUAUUGUUAGAUAAUA